ACCGCACAUCUAUCGAUUGAUUCAUUCUGUCAUUUCAUUUUGCUUUCGUGUUUACAAUUUUUGCUGUAACUUAAACAGCCCUACAGCAUUACUUUUAUCUUAAAUACAGUGUUGGUUUUACAAUGAGUGCAUCAGGCGAACAGUUGACCCUCGCAAAAGACAUAAAACGAGCCAUAGAAUUACUUGAAAAACUUCAACAAAGUGGUGAAGUUCCUGCUACUAAGCUGGCAGCUCUUCAGAAAGUGCUUCAAAGUGAUUUCUUGAACGCAGUACGGGAAGUUUACGAACAUGUAUACGAAACUGUGGAUAUUCAAGGGUCGGCCGACAUACGGGCUUCGGCGACAGCAAAGGCCACCGUCGCUGCUUUUGCUGCUGCAGAAGGCCACGCUCACCCUAGAGUGGUAGAACUCCCUAAAACUGAAGAAGGUUUAGGAUUCAACGUAAUGGGUGGCAAGGAACAAAAUUCUCCAAUUUAUAUAUCGAGAAUUAUUCCUGGAGGAGUAGCAGACAGACAUGGUGGUUUGAAAAGGGGAGAUCAAUUGCUGUCUGUGAAUGGAGUGUCUGUUGAGGGGGAAAAUCACGAGAAGGCUGUGGAGUUGUUGAAGCAAGCUGUUGGGUCUGUCAAGUUGGUAGUCCGGUACACUCCAAAAGUGCUAGAAGAAAUGGAAAUGAGAUUUGACAAACAGCGCACAGGCCGGCGACGCCAAAACUACAACUAAAUUUCUUUAAGUUGUAUCAAAUGAUUAUAAUUUUAUUUUUUGUUAGACAAACUGUGUGAUUCAUUUAGACUAUUUGUGUGAUUGACAUGUUGAAGUUUUAAUAAUUAAUUAUAAUUCGAAUUAUUAUAUAGGUUAAUAGGGAUUGUAGUGAAAAUAUAUUGAUAUUAGAUUAUUGUUAUUGGUUUAAAUAUUACUAUUAGAUGUCUUUAUGCAUUUUAGCACCAAUCAUGUUGCCAAUAAUGCACUUCAUAAAAAUUUUAACACAAUUGUCAGUAUUCAAAAGGGUAUCUAAUUAAAACUAUAAAGACUUAA